AUGGACCCUACCAAUAUAGACUCCUUUCUAUCUCGGUUGAAGCCAGACUUGGUACGGCUAAAGUCGCUCCGGGAAUCCCUUGGAACGGAUUCCAACGACUGCAAAGACGAGCAGACCAUAACAAAUACCAUCCAGAAUCUCAUCUCCAACACAGAAACUAUCAUCAAACAAAUAAACUAUGAACUCAACGUUAAGCUCAAAAACACAGCCAAAAUCUACAACAUAAUCAAGAACUGCCAGCUUUCUAAUACAAAGGAGUUUGUGUGGAACUCUGAUCUUCUUACCACCAAGUUCAUUCUAGAUUUCAACAAAAAACACAAUGAACAUCCUCAUGAGGAGAUUGACCUUCGACAGUUGUUGGCCCCCAAAAAACACUUUAUGACUUACGAGACAAAAUAG